AUGAGCACGGCCGCUGACGUCUCGGCAGGAGGUGCUGAGCUGCGGCACCGGCAGGUCUAUGAUGAUUCGUCUGACGGAAGUGACAGCAUCGACCCCGGUCGUACGGUGCCAAUGAAACCUCUGGUCCCGGAUGCCCAGGAUGGUGACAUUGGUAAGCCUAAGAAGACGUUUGGCCGUACACCAGAUGGCACAGUGUUCGUCGUGCCGACUACGCAUGACAUGGUUUCACAGCUGCUUGACCCGCGCCAGCCCAAGAACCUUUCAGACGCUGUCGUGUUGGCUAUUCUGGCAUUGCAUAUUCUAGCGGCUUAUUUCCUCCCGGCCGGGUACAAGCGCCCCGUAUUUGCAGCUGUUUUCCUGUUUUGGAGAGCUUCUUACAACGUUGGCAUCGGCAUCCUGCUCCACAUCCAAUCUCACCACCGGCGCCUCAUCACCUGGGCCCAGCGAUGGAAGCUAUUCGAGCAUCCGAGCACAGGCAACAAUCCCCGUCCAUGGCUCUACAAUCUGCUGAAGCGAGAGCUUGAAGCCAAGAUCCCUGAAGACUAUGAGUUCGAGAAAGCUCCCGUUGAGUACAACACCUGGCUCGUCUUCCGAAGGGUCGUUGACUUGAUAUUGAUGUGUGAUUUCGUGUCAUACUGUCUGUUUGCAAUCGUUUGUGGCCAUACUCCCAAGGAUGAGAGUAUGCUCAUCGGAAGCUCGCGCUGGCUCCUCGGCAUUACACUAGUCGGAUUCAAUCUCUGGGUCAAGCUCGAUGCCCACCGCGUCGUCAAGGAUUUUGCUUGGUACUGGGGAGACUUCUUCUACCUCAUCGACCAGGAUCUCACAUUCGAUGGUGUUUUUGAGAUGGCACCCCAUCCCAUGUAUUCGAUUGGCUAUGCUGGAUACUAUGGCAUAUCGAUGAUGGCAGCUAGCUACGAGGUGCUCUUCAUCUCUAUCCUCGCCCAUCUUGCCCAGUUUGCGUUUCUUGUGUCGGUGGAGAACCCUCAUAUUGACAAGAUUUACAACCCUCCUGCCCCAAGAGAAAAGACUCAGACUCGAAGCCCAGUCAGUGCCAACGCCACCGUCGCUUUUGAUCUUCCUGCAGAUAAUACGUUCAUGCGGUCUGCUUCUAUAUCACAGAAGGAUAUGCCAGCACCUGUGCACAAUCUCGUUGGUCUAAACAACAUGGAUCUCUUCCGAGUCCCCGACUGCGUUGUCGUUAUUUUGCCACUCUACGUUGCAGCCCUCACUUUCGCAACACCAGAAACGUAUAUGUGGAAAGCAAUUUUCGUCGCCCACGCACUUUUGUGGCGGAUAUGGUAUCACGCUGGCUUGGGCUUCGUGUUGGAUCGACAAUCCAAAUCAAAGAUGUGGACUCGCCACUUUCUUAAAUAUGGUGAGAGUGCUGGCGAAGCCUGGCGCCAAUGGAAAGGCAUGUAUCACAUCAGCAUGAUCAUGUGCAAUACAUCUUUCAUCGCAGCUUGUUGGAAGAUGUACAAUCUGCCUGAAGACUGGGGCUACGGUUUGGUUCUUUUCAAGCACGUGCUUGGUGCUGGGUUGAUUGCUCUGCAGCUGUGGACGGCUUUCAGUGUAUAUGAUUCCCUCGGCGAAUUUGGCUGGUUCUGCGGCGACUUCUUCUUUGACCACGAAGCCAAACUGACGUAUACCUCCAUCUAUCGGUUUCUCAACAAUCCUGAAAGGGUCUUUGGAACUGCUGGCAUUUGGGGUGCCGCUCUCAUCACUUGGAGCCGAGCCAUAUUUAUCACUGCUCUGGUUACACAAAUCCUAAACGUCAUGGUCAUCGCGUUCGUUGAACGACCUCACAUGCAGAAGAUCUAUGGAAGAAGCAUGCGAGAGGAGGCAGGUCUCACCAAAUUCAUCAAGCGAUCACUGCCACCUCCGGUCAAAGUAUUGCAGGAAAGCGUUGACAAAGUCCUGGACGACACAUCGCACUUUGUGGAAGAGUUCCUGGACAGCGCCCGCCCCAAGUUUGCUUCUGGUGUCAAGACUAUCGUCCGCGACACAUCUGCUCUCUUCAAUGUAGCACCUGCCCGCCUGACGAUUACGAGAAUUGCCCCCGACCUAGCAGGGCUGGAUCCUAAGCAGUAUUCACUCACCAUUGAGGGAACACAGACUCUUCAAUCAGCCAUUGAUGAGAGAGCUACUGGCAAAGAGAGCUUUUCGGGACGCUUCCCUAAGCUAAUCAAGACUAAGACUUUUGAAUAUGGUGCCCCUCUACGAGUCAGGUGGCGAGCCCCCGCAAACCACAGCAAAGAAGACUGGAUUGGCCUCUAUAUGGUAACGGAUAAUCGCCUUCGAGACACGACCGAGGUUUCAUCUCUGGGAAGAUGGACACCCACAUGUACUGGCGUCUACGAUGCUUCGAUGGCAAAUUCUAGCAUUACUGUUAAGGAGCAUGUCGUGGACAAAGCCGAUCCCUCAGACCCUGAUAUGAUGGAAGGCGAAGUCGUUUUCCAAGGAGACAAGCUGUGGUGGACACAAGGCGUCUUUGAGUUCAGAUACCACCACGAUGGACGGCACACGGUCAUGAGCAUCUCGGAACCUUUCGAAAUCCGCAUUAGUAAAUUUGACGAAGAAGAUGUCGAGGUCGAUGUUGGCACCAAGGCCUUGUACGCCAAAGCUGUCGAGUCGGCUCUUCUGCCCAUUAUCCAAAACUGCCUGGACCGCGAUGAUGAUAUUGCGCCAGGUGCCGUGGACGAGAGCUUCGGUUGUCAUGUGGAGCGGGAUGGCAAAUACGCCAAGAGAAUUGUCUACGCUAUCCGGGAGAUGUUUGGUGUAGAGUUUGCACCGGCCGUCGUCCUUGCGGACCGGAGCGUGAGGAAAUUGGCAUGGAGAAUCUGCAAUGCCAAGGAAGUUUUGGCACCAUACAGUAUGUCUCACUCGAAGGGCACGACAACACCAGCAAACGAAGAAAUGCCCACGAAAAUUUGAUGAAUAUUUCAAAUGCACGGAAUACUUGAUGUAAGGAUUUAGAUGGUGGCGCAAAAUGGACGAAAACUAUGAUACCAAGAAAGGCGUCAGGAUAUGAGGGAAAGGGGAUAGACACAACUAAAUAAAGAAAAUCAAAUCUAUAAAGCAGCAG